UUUUGUAGGUUAUGAAUGGUCAGUCCUCAAAUGAUGGAAUUCUAAGAGACUAUUGUGAUAGUGAACAGUACAAAAUGCAUGCUCUUUUUGGACAACCUGGUAAUGCACUACUUCUUCAUUGUUACUAUGAUGAUUUUCAAGUAACAAACCCGCUUGGAUCAAAGACAAAAAAACAUAAAAUAGGAGCCUUUUACUUCAAUCUGGGAAAUCUUAGUCCAGAAUACCGUUCUGUUAUCAACUCAAUUCAGCUAAUUGCUUUGUGCCGAGUACCGCUCAUAAAAAAGUAUGGAAUGAAUAGGAUACUGCAGCCAUUCAUGCAAGACCUGCAUCAACUAGAGGCAGAUAGAGGUGUAACAUUUUGGAUAGAUGAACAAGAAAGAACAUUCAGUGGUUCCAUUGGACCUUAUUCAAGUGACAAUCUUGGGGCACAUUCUCUUGGUGGUUUUCAGGAGAGCUUUUCUGGUCUAAGGAUUUGUAGAAUUUGUAUGGCAACUAGAGAAGACACUAACACAAAGUUUACAGAAGCAGAUUUUCAAAUUAGAACAAGAGCAAUCCAUGACAGACAUUGCCGGCUUGUAGAAAAUGAUGCAAAUCUAGAAGCAACUUAUGGGGUAAAAACAAGAAGUGUUCUCAACCAGUCCCGUUACUUCCACAUUACUGAUGGACUUGUUCUUGAUGUCAUGCAUGACCAACUUGAGGGAGUGCUGCCCCUAGAAGUCAAGAUUCUGUUACAGAAGUACAUUCAAGAGGAAAAUUAUUUCACACUUGAAAUUGUGAAUGACAGAUUAGAAAGAUUGUGGUAUCCUCAAUCUGAUGCUAGCAAUAAACCAAGUCCUAUAAAGCCGCAGUCAUUGGCAAACAAUUCAAUGAGGAUUUCACAGUCAGCAGCUCGGAUGUGGUGCCUGGCAAGAAUGUUUCCUAUACUUAUAGGAGACUUGAUUCCACAAAAUGAUGAGCACUGGGAAAACUUUUUGCGACUACUGAAAAUUGAAGAAAUUGUUUUUGCUCCUAAAGCAACACCACAGCUGGCUGCAUAUCUUGGAGUUCUCAUAGAGGAGUACCUAGAGGACUAUGUCAACCUCAAUGACCGGCUUCCAAUCCCAAAACAGCAUUACAUGGUGCAUUACCCAAAUCAAAUUAUCAAAAAUGGUCCCCUAGUAAGAAACUGGGCCAUGAGGUUCGAGGCCAAACAUAACUACUUUAAAAAGCUGGUAGACAACAUCAACAAUUUCAAAAAUAUCACCUAUUCCUUGGCUAUGAGGCAUCAAGCCCUUCAGACUUAUCGAAUGCAAAGUUCACAAGGCAACUAUUUGAGAGUGUCUUUGGAAAUUGGACCUGCUGUUGGAAGGGUAACAACUGUUCAAGAAGCAGGAGUAGAAGAUGAGCUGCAAGAGGCAGACCCCCAAACUAAAGGCGACAGUUCACUGACACGCACAUCCUGGGUUAAAGUUUAUGGAACCAAAUACGUAAAGGGCGAUGUUAUUGUAAUUGACUACCACCAUGGCUUUCCAAUUUUGGGAAAGAUCCAAAAGGUUUUGGUUGUUGAGAGACACAUAGUUUGGUUUCAGUACCUUAAAAUAAAUGUUACUGAAUUUGUCUGUCAUUUAAAUGCUUUUAAAGUUCAGCAACUGAACGAAAUAAGAUAUAUUAAGCAAUCUGAGCUUCUAGAUUAUUACCCCCUUGGUCUCGUUAAGGGAUUUGGUUGCUAUGCCAACCAAGUCUUCGUGACAUUGAAAUACAGAUUGGAUCUUAUGCAGUAAUGAUAUUUUUGGUUACAUUUUGCUAUAUUGAUGCAUGUAAAUAAUACAGAAAAAAUCAUGAUAAAUAGUAUAUUGCAGAAUAGAAAGUAAAGUUUCUUAAAAUGGCUGCAAAAAUAUAAAGAAAAAUUAUUAAAAAAAAUAAUUACUUUUGUUUCAAC